CAACGCGUUAAAAGCGACUAUCUAUAACCCCUACUAACCUUACUUUCCUUCUUCUUUAACAACGUAAUGGCUACUACUACUACUAUACCCUUUGACAGCCACACACACCGAUUUGAUCUCAAUGGAUCUUUCUCAACUUCCGGACAUCACUAGCUUGCUUGUCAGGCUAGAUAACCCUCCACGAGAUGAUGUCGAAGGGAUGGAUUACCUACGAUGUGCAGCUUUACACAACUACCUGAUCCAAUAUGCCUGGCUCGCUGAAGGCCGCCCACUAGCAACUCUGAAUGCCAACAGCAACUUUUUCACGGCCUUCGGUGAUGAAGCGGAAGCUGAGGCUUGUCGUCCAAGGCUUGAUCCGUCACUGGCGGCGUUCCUUGACACCGCUAUGAUAUCUCCUUUUCCUUUUGAUAAUCCUCACGAAUACCUCCCAUUCUCUGUUUUUGCAUGGGGUAUCGAUGGGCCAAACAGACUUUUUGAGGAAUUUACAGCUGAUAUUCAAGAUCAGCCCGUUGACAGCCUGGUGCGCUUGUACGCUGUCGAAACGGGCUUAUCGGCUGUGGGCGGUGGUGGCGGUGUUAUCUACCACCAACGCUUCCACCGCGUCGCGAUCUUCAUGCAUCUUGAUGAAUAUGACUGUGGGUUUCCAGUUGAGGGUAAUCCACACGUUUGGAACCCACUAGAGACACUACUCACCAACUGGAUCGACCUUAUUCAUAUUGGAAAAGUUGUGGCUUCGCCUCAUAAAGAGCCAGCCCUAUUCGACUUCGAGAAGAUCGGGCCUUGGGAGUGGCGGCCCUAUAGCGAAGCCCAGGUUACUACGUGUGUCGCCGAGUGGGAUCGACUGUGUCAGGCCAUUGAGGCGCGCACCUCGCAGCUACCAAACCCACCAUUGCUAAUCAGCCCUAUUUCCAGGUCUAACGCGGACAAUCCAGAGCCACUAGUCGCAUCAACUGUCCUGGACGCUGCUUCGGUGCCUAAUCCUUCCUUUGCGCGUGCGUUUCUAACGCGCGCGAGACGCCCCCAGUUCUGCUACAUCGCUCCGGGCCUUCUCCUGCCCCCGGCUGACUCGGCUGGAUUUGUGGCAGCGCAGCCAUUUAGCGUAUUACCCCGCUCUGAGUACACCGCACCGCCAGUGUGUCUUUUUCCCGCUGAUACCGGAGACCAGCGUCCUAUCCAGCUCACGAGAACAACAACUCCAUUUUUAUUGUCGGACUUCUAUUCAAGGUCCACCGAAACGUGUACACCAUCUCGCGUCUCUGCAGGCCUAUAUACUCAGGCAGUGGAGAGAAACGGCCUUGACGUGGCUGAGGAGGGAUUUCAGCUGUUGCUCCCGUUCACCUUUAAUGAUGAUUGGGACAAGAGCGUAGGCGCACGAAAAAGCGAUAGGUCCCUUGUUGAUAGGGGACGCUUUUCAGAGCUCUUUCAGCAUGGAUAUAAGCCUUUUGGUGGUGACUACUACCGCUCCCAGCGGCUGGAGCGUUUGUUAGGUUGUUGGCGCAAGCUGGUUGAAAAAGGCGUCUGGUCUGUUGGGGCGGAUGGGGUAGAAGGUACUAUCGAUACUUUCAAAGAUGCUGAGUCGGAUCGUUGGGAGGAUUAUUAUAUCCCUCCAACAUGGUAGAUAUCCCGGAGCCAUCCCGCCUUCAAUCCGGAAACGAUUUCUACGCUCUAUUCUACGGGGAUGGAGGUGCUAGGUAGUCACCUAGCAAGACUUGGACCCCACUUACUCCCGAAGACUUUCUAAGUUGGAUAUGCAAUUUCACAAGAAACCAGUCACGAGGAUACGCUAUCGAACAACUACCAUUUUCCUAACUAAUAGUGAUUUAUAUACAAAUUUAGUCUUAAUCCUUUAAUUUUAUUUAAUAUCUUUCUAACUAAGCUAAGAGCCCGUCAUAUAUCUUUAUAAAUCU